AUGCUAGGGUUUAUAAUGCGGAGCUGUAAUAAUUUUGAUAAUCCUAUAGCUCUUAAAUCACUAUACUGCGCCUUUGUUAGAUCAAUUUUGGAUUAUAAUUCAAUAAUUUGGUCUCCUUACUCAUCUGGUCCAAUUCAUUCGCUAGAGGCGAUUCAAAAUCGCUUUUCGCGAAUUAUAAUUUGGUCAUCAGAAAGAAACGAAACAACUAGCAUAAAAGAAAAUGAUAAUAUUGUUAAAGGCAGUAAUAACGAAGGAGUUGCAAAUCCUUUUUUGGAACCUCACCUAGAAUUUAUGCAAAAUAACAAUAUCCUAUCUAGUAAUUGUGAUACAGAAAAUGCAGAGUGUGAAAGUGAUUCUGAUACAAGUUCAUUGUCAUUGUCAAGUAUCAGCUAUGAAGACGAUACUGAUGCUGAUCCAAAUUUUGAAUUACCAGCCAACAAUAGUAUGAUAUUAUAUGAAGAGAAUAUUGUAAGUAAUAUUAUUGAAAAAAAAAUUCCAAGAAAGGUAAAAAAUACAAGUGAAAUAAAGAAAAAUGUGAGAAAAAGAAAAGCUAAUAAAGAAAACUGGAGAAAGAAUGUGGUUAAAAAAUUAAGGAAUUCUGGUAAGAGUUAUGUUUCAUCUUCAAAAAGUAAUAAAUUUGUUGAGGCAAAAAAAGUAUUACCCCCAUGUGGUGAAAAAUGUAAAUUGAAAUGCUUCACUAAAUUUACAGAAGAUAACAGACAAAAAAUAUUUGAAGAUUACUGGAAACUUGGAGAUAUAGAGAAACAACGUUAUUUUCUUGCAUCCAGCAUGACAAUUGUAAAACCAAAAUAUAGGUAUGUUAGAGAAAAUAGUCAUCGUCGCGAAAACAACUCUUUUCAUUUUGAAAUAAACCAAAUUAGAAUCCGUGUAUGUAAAAACUUUUUUAAGGCGACAUUAUGCAUAAAUGAUAGACCAUUACGGACUGUAAUUGAGAAACAAGAUUCAUUCACAGGAAAAAUUAUUGCUAAUGAUUAUAGAGGCAAACAUAAAAAUCAUGUAAAGGUACCUGAUACAGUAAAAGAAGACAUUCGCCAGCACAUAAAAUCCAUCCCAAGGAUUGAAAGUCAUUACUGCCGUGCCAACACAUCAAAGGAUUUUAUCGAAGGAGGAAAAUCUAUAGCCGAUUUGCAUAGAGAUUAUAAAUCAGAAUGUGAAGAAAAAAAUAUUUUAGCUGCUAACUAUGUUAUGUAUGCCCGUAUAUUCAACGAAGAGUUUAAUAUAUCAUUCUUUACUCCAAAAAAAGAUCAAUGUGAGCUUUGUAUUUCAUAUGAAAAUUCUAAUACUGUGGAAAAAGUACAACUUCAAGAAAAAUAUGAUACUCAUUUAAAAGAAAAGGAAUUGUCUCGGUUAGAAAAAGAAAUAGAUAAACAAGCAAAUUGUGUGACAGCAGUCUAUGAUCUUCAAGCAGUUUUACCAUGCCCAUUGGGGAAUGCAUCUUUGUUUUAUUAUGUUUCAAAACUCAAUGUUUUUAACUUUACGGUGUACAAUUUACAAACAAAUGACGUCCAAUGUUAUGUAUGGCAUGAAGGUCAAGCACAUAGAGGUGCUAAUGAUAUUGGGUCUUGUAUAUUAAAUUAUCUUAAGGUAUUACAGCAAAAUGCAAUUGAAACUGAAGCAAGUGCUAAAUUAGAUGUGAUAUUUUAUAGUGAUAACUGCGCUGGACAACAGAAAAAUAAAUUUAUUUUAGCUAUGUACUUGUAUGCAGUUCUAAAUUUUUCACAUAUAAAUAGUAUCACACACAAAUAUUUAAUUACUGGUCACACACAAAAUGAGGGGGACAAUGCACACUCUGUUAUAGAAAGAAAUAUUAAAAAAUCAAAGAAAUCUGGUCCUAUUUAUGUUCCUGAACAAUAUGUUACUUUUAUUAGAUCUGCUAAAAAAAGUGGCAAUCCGUAUAAAACUGAAUUCAAUUCUAUAAGUAUAAAAAAUAAAAAAACUAGGAAAACCAGUAACCAAUUAAAUAAUAAUUUAGAAUUAAAAAGAGCUUAUGAUGUGAAACCUGGUAUAACUGAAGCAAAAAAAAGUGGGUUGUUAUCUUUAAUUAGAAAAAAUUGUGUUCCUAAUUAUUAUUAUGACUUUUAUAAUAACUUAUAA